AUGCUUAAAGCUACUUCAAAUGCAGUAACUCGUGAAAAACAAUAUCAAUUUUCUCAAUUAGUACAACUUGGACGUGCACUUGAAAGUCCUAACUUGAUUUCUAACUCAAAUUCUAUAACAUACGAAAAUCCUACAUCUGCAAAAGAUUUAUUAUCAGCAAUAUCUUUAUCAAUUGAAAAAGAACUGUGGAAUGAACUUUAUGAAACUACAAGCAUUGCGUUGGCUUGCAAUUCAGCUCAAAAGCAUGUAGCUUUUUGUAAAUAUAUCGAAACUUUAAUUAAAGAAACAUAUAAUUUCUUUAGUAAUUCUGAAAAAAGAGUUGAUACUUUAAGGCAAUUCCAGUCAGUAUUGGAUCACCCGAUUUUAAAGAUAAAAAAUAUCUCUGAGAUUAGAUGGUUAUCUUGGUAUGAAGCAGUUAAAAGUAUAUGUAUAUCUAUCGAACCAUUACUGGAUACAUUUCUUGAAAUAGCAACAACAAAUUCUUUUCAAAGACAACAAUCAAUAUUUGAUUUAUAUUCUAAAAUUUGUAAUUGGAAAGUUUUGGUUUUUUUACACUUUUUAUACGAUAUUUUAGGCCAUUUAAUGGAACUUAAUAAGAUGUUUCAACGAAGAUAUAUUAUGUUUUCUGAUAUCGAUCCUAUAAUUAAUUCUACUAUUCAAAAAAUACAACAUGAAUAUUUAGAUAUGGAAAUCCAAAUACCACCAGCGGAAGAUUCUUUUAUUGGAGAUCACCAUAUUUUAUUUAACUCUGAGGAUGAAAUUAAUUUACUAGAAAUUAUGGAAUUUGCAGCAGCUAUCAAUUUUAUCUGCCAUGAAAAUAAUGAAUCCAAUGGAAUGAUUGGCUAUGACGAGGAAGAAUUAGAAAAGUUAAUUAAUAUUUAUGGAAUAGCUAAAGAGUCUAAUUAUCCAAUGCCAAUUAUUGAUGCUGAUGCUAUUCGUGAUGAAUGGAAUAAUUUUAAAGCUAUAGUCCUAGCAAAUUAUGACAAACUUUCUACUGAUGAUUUCCUUCCUAAUAUUCUUAUUUUGAUUAGUAUAUUUUAUUCUAUACCAUUUUCUAGUAUAGAUUGUGAAAGAGGAGAAUAUCGUUACAUAAAUUCUUCGAUAUCGUUAAAAACGUUUAAAACUAAAAGAUUGGAAAACAGUACUACAGUGCAGUUUACCAAAACUAGUGAAUUUUCACCAGUUCAGACUAUUGCAUGUCAUAAUUAUUCUACAGCGACAGAACACGUUUCUGUUUCGGCAAAUUCGCCUACAGUUUCUUCCAAAAUAAACUAUAUUUCUCCAGAACCGUUAAACAUAAAUAGUCAAUUAGUAAUUCUUCCCCAACCAAGAUAUACUCCCAGAGAAGCGGGAAAAAUACAUUCCGGUGCCUUUUCAGAACACCUAGCUGUUUUACGAGCUUGCUUAAAAAUAGGUGAAAUAGAACGUGCCAGGCAUAUUUUAUCCAGUUUAAAUAAACAUUGUACAGACGAUGCGAAGAAAUAUCUAGACAUUAAGUUGCAUAAUGAGUUUAUCGAAGCUUACUUGGAAGCAAAACCACCUAGGGUCAAUGAAGCUUUACAGUGGUUCGAUCAGUUGAAUUAUCAUAGACUAACCCCUGACUUGGCAACUUUUUCCAUUUUAAUAAGGGGUUAUCUGAGACUGGACUUAGAUUUGCUCGGAUAUUCGAUGUUAAAUGUUUUGGUAAAGGAAAUUGAGGAAUGUGGAUAUUCAUUUGAACAAUUAAUUGAAAGUAAUUUAUUAUCUGACAAAGAAACAGAAAAAGUAUUGCAUUUAUUAAGAACAGAUCCAGAAUCAAAUACAGCAUCAAUAGAACUUUUAAAAAAAAUUGAGAAUGUUAUUGAGAAACAGAAUCCUGUUUUAAAUGAAGAAUUAAUUUUAGAUGAGCCGGUUCCUACGAAGUCGUUUGGGGUAAAAAUUAUGAAAAAUGCUCUUCUGGCCAUUAAGGAAAGAGAAUUAGAUCUAGUUAAGCGACAAAUAAAAUUAGAAGAGAAUGCAUUACAAGCUGCUAUGGGACGUUGGAAACAUGAAAACGAACAGCGUAAUCGAAAGGAUAAACUGGCUGGUUUACAAAAGAAUGUUUUGAAAAAAUCGAUAUGGAUUUGGCACGAAAAGUUAACCCCUUUAAUUCAAGAGGAAUUGGAGAGAUGUAAAAACAAAGAAACAUUAUUAACCGAUAAGGAACGCGCCAGUUAUGGACCAUUUUUGCAAUUAUUAAAUGCCGAAAAACUUUCGGCUAUUACAAUAUUGGAAUUAUUGCGUCAACAUGGCGUAGGAGGAGUUAUUGAAGGAAUGAAAACUACCCGCGCUGUGCUUUCGAUUGGCAAAGCCGUCGAAAAUGAGUAUAAUUCAGAGCAAUUAAAGAAGAAACAAAGUCGCAAUAACGGGUUCAAAAAAGACUUAAAUGUUCAUGAACUUUUUUCAUCUGGAAAACUGUUCAAUAUGGCAAUCCGACGAGAAGCGGCAAAAAUUGAGACAAAAGAUAUGGAAUCGAAAUGGAAUCCGGAAUGGCCAAUAACCGUCAGAGCCAAGGUUGGUUCUAUCUUAGCUUCUAUGUUGUUGGAGUGUGCAAAUAUUCCAACAACUACUAUUAAUCACGAAACAAACGAGGAAAUUUCUAUGGAAGCACCAGCUUUCUAUCAUUCAUAUAUUCAACACAGAGGAAAAAGGAUUGGUGUUAUUAAGCUUAACCCACAAUUAAUUCAAUAUUUGUCAAAAGAACCUGUUAGAGAUAGUGUACAUCCACGAAUGUUACCAAUGUUGGUACAUCCAAGGCCUUGGUUGACUUUUAAUAGUGGUGGAUAUCUUACAUCCCCAACAUAUGCCAUGAGGGCAAAAGAUUGUCCUGAACAGUUAGCUUAUCUGCAAAAAGCAUCUGAAGAAGGAUACCUGGACCGUGUCUUCGCAGGAUUGGAUGUUCUUGGAUCCACUUGUUGGGUAGUUAAUAAGAAAGUAUACAAAAUUGUUUUAGAAGUUUGGAAUAAAGGAGAGGCAUUAGGCAAAAUACCACCAGCCGAAAUCGAUUUAAAAGUUCCUGAUAAACCUGAAAAUUAUGAGACUGAGAUGUAUGCGAAAGUAAAAUGGUUUAAAGAGUGUAGAGCAGUUUCUCGUAAAAUAAGUAAUAACCAUUCUGAAAGAUGUACAGCGAAUUAUAAAGUCGAUAUUGCUGGUGCUUUUUUAAAUGAAACUAUGUACUUUCCUCAUAGUCUUGACUUCCGAGGUCGUGCAUAUCCGAUACCACCAUUAUUUAAUCAUUUAGGAAAUGAUUUGUGUCGAGGUCUGUUGUUGUUCAAAGAACCGAAACCAUUAGGUAAAAAUGGGUUGAAUUGGCUCAAGAUUCAAAUUGCCAACCUAGUUGGGUAUGACAAAGCUUCUUUCGAAGACCGUAUAAAAUUUACAAACGACCACAUAGAAGAUGUAAAGGAUUCUGCUAUAAAUCCUCUCAAUGGCAGAUGCUGGUGGAAGGAAGCUGAGGAUCCUUGGCAAUGUUUGGCAGCGUGUUUUGAAUUACACGAAGCGUUGGAAUCUUCAGAUCCGGCAAAACAUCUAUCACAAAUUCCAAUACAUCAAGAUGGUACAUGUAAUGGAUUACAACAUUAUGCAGCACUUGGUGGCGAUUUGGAAGGCGCAAAACAGGUCAAUUUGUAUCCUUCAGAUAAGCCAUUUGACAUAUAUAGUGGUGUAGCUGCAAGAGUAAACGAAUUAAUUGCAAAUGAUGCAAAGCAAGAUGAUGAACUAGCAAAAAUAUCGUGCGACAAAAUUACUCGUAAAGUCGUCAAACAAACUGUGAUGACUAGUGUUUAUGGUGUGACUUUCAUUGGGGCUAGGUUACAAAUAGAAUCACGUCUUAAAGAGAUUGAAGAUAUUCCUCAGGAAAAAGUUAGAGAGUUGUCGUUAUAUAUUACUAAACUCGUAUUUACAUGCCUUGGAGAAAUGUUUCAUGGAGCUAGAGCUAUUCAAGACUGGCUUGUUGAAUGUGCGAAGAGGAUUUCAAAAAGUGUACCAUCAGAAGUUGUAUUUUCAGAUCAAAAUUUAUCUGAACAUAGAAUUGAAGGAAAAAAUUUUAUGGAAAAUGAUCUAGAAAAAUUGCAAUGUUCAUCCGGGAAUGGAAACGAAGAAAUGAAUAAUAAUAUAAAGGAGGUAAAUGGCAACGAGGAGAAUAAACAUAACAAUUUGACUAAUAAAAAAAGAUCUAUUGUCAUAAUACCACCUAGUAAACCCGGUUUAAACCAAAUGACAACUGUAGUUUGGACCACACCAUUGGACUUGCCAAUUGUACAGCCUUAUCGUAAAUUAGGCAAGAAAGCUGUCAAGACUAACCUUCAAACUAUUAACAUUGAAGAUCCAGGUGUUCCUAGUCCGGUGAAUUCUAUUAAGCAACGGGCAGCCUUUCCUCCUAAUUUUAUUCAUUCUCUUGAUGCGACUCACAUGUUAAUGACUGCAUUGGGUUGUAAGGAAAAAAAUUUGGAGUUUGCUUCUGUGCAUGAUAGUUUUUGGACACACGCUUGUGAUGUGGAGGUUAUGAAUGAAAUAAUACGCGACCAAUUCAUCAAACUUCAUGAACAACCUAUCAUGGAGAAUCUUAGAAAUGAAUUUAUCAAGCGGUAUAAAGGAUAUAAAGUUCCAAUUAAAGUUCUAAGAGAAGAUUUUGAACAAUUGAAAUUGCAAAAAAUGAAGGAAACUGAGAAAGGUUCGACAACAAUAACGGAUAAUGGGUACGAACCAAUUCUUAGUUUGGAUGAACUAUAUAAGAUCGUUCCGAAUUCUCAAAAAAAUAAGGAUUCAAAACUCAGAGAAUUUGCAAAUGCUUUAAAUGCAAAUGAUAUAAUAGAUCUGGGCAAUGAAACAGCAAAAUCAAUAAUUGACAUAACAGAAUUCGAUAAUUUAACUUUUCCAAAAUUGCCAGCAAAAGGAGAUUUUAAAUUAUCUUCAAUUAUGAAAAGUCGAUAUUUCUUUAAUUAA